AUGGUCAUGAGCCUUGCCUUCUUGGCUACAGGAAUGGAAAUGAUUGAUCUAGGCGUUGCAUCGCAUUUCUGGCAGGUGACUUACGCAGAUUAUAACCCCGGGUUUCUCAUUUACGGCACAUGUACCACCGUGACGUAUUCUCUCAGUGUUGUACUGGCGAAACUUUCCCUCUUGUUCCUCUACCUACGGUUGUAUCCCGAUCGAAGCUUUCGAAUCAUCGUCACCAGUCUCAUCGGAAUUGUCAUCGCUUAUUCUGUGGCCUAUCAACUGCUGAGCAUCUUCGGUUGUCGUCCAAUCUACGCAUCAUGGGACACAGAGGCACUGCAGACUGCCCACUGCGUCGACAAAGAGACUUUUUUUAUGAUCCUCAGCAUCGCAAACAUCAUUAUGGACGUCGUCAUACUUCUGCUUCCGCUGAAAAUUGCAGAAGGUUUCUGUCAUUCUAAUGUUCGCCACUGGGAUAUUGUGAGAGCCUUUGCCUCCUUUGUUUGUGCAUCGGCGAUCAAACGGACGAUCAUCCUUCCAUCACUGUUGAAGAGUGCUGGUUACAGCUGGGAUGUAGCCGAACAAUUCAACUGGUCCUUCCUCGAGGCGAAUGCCGGCAUUGUGUGCGCCUCGGUCCCUGGGUUGAAGCCUUUCUUUGUCCGAUAUCUGCCAAGCUUCAUUUCUUCACAUAUCACCGGAUCUGCUGACAAGAGCGGAAAGAAGUCAUUGCCAUACUCCACUGUCAUCGAGAAUAACAGAAAAAGACACAACAUGCAGUCCGAGUCCGAUGACGAAGCUGAGUUAUGGUCUGGAAGGAGGUACCGCACGGAUAUUUUCAUCUCAUUUGCGAAUAGAAACGAUGGUCGAGUCACGCCGUCAACGGCCGCUCGAAUUCAAGUCACCCACGAGACCACAGUCUCCGCCAUGAACUUUGGUCUAUCCGCACGAGUUGCUACUUCUCACAGCACUUCCCACAACAAGCACCGCUGGAACAAGCAUUCCGUCACUUCAGGGUCCGUGCGCACUCUGGAUGAAGCAACACGACAUGUCGAGCCCUUGAUGCAAUGCUCGCUGUGGAUGAAGAGACGAAGCAACGGCCGCUCCUCCCAGCAACUUACCGACUAUCUGGAGCUCAGGGUCCUUUUUGAAGUAGGGCCGAUGGUUCUCUACCAAGGAUACGGAAGGUUUGUGCUUGCCAUGGGAAACUACGUGUGGAACACCUAUCAAUUUCUUGGCGUUGGCUGGAGAAUCCGACUCAUCGGGUGCUCCGUUCUGUUUACUUUAUCCAUGCUGAAAUGGUUCCUGGCACGACUGGUUCUAUGCGUGCCGCGUAUGCAAUUUUCAUCCGAGCUGGGAUGGUUACUAUCGAAGCCGACUACUUGGGCAUCUGCCUGGGAAUCUAUUGACCACUAG